AAAAAGUUCACUUUUUCUUUUCUCUCAACACACGUAUUCGGCAGCGAUACACAACGUCUGCCUGUUACCUCCUACCACUGAGCGUUGUUGUUGUUUACUCUUGUCCGAUGGCGGCCAACGUUCGAAUGAUAAGACGCGCAUGUGUUCAGUCGACGCAACGGUUAUUGUUUCAUAUGCUAUAGUCAGUUGGUGUUUGUGACGAUUGAACGGGACACGUCCGAUCUGUCUAUACGUUUUGUGGGAUCCAUCUGAGGACUGGCCGGUGUGCUCUCAGGGCUGUACUACGGCAGGUCUGCUCCCUGUCAGUACAGUUUCCACUGUCGUCUGGAAAGACGAGGUCGAUAUUGUUCGUUUGGUCGCGUUUCUUUUGUGAGCAGCCGUUGGUGGUGACCAUUGUCUCAUUUACGUUAUCCAAUUCGACGGCGGUCCCGCGAUCAGUAACUGCGGUUGACGGUGUGGUAACAUUGCAGCGUCGUUGGCAACAUGCCGGUUGAAACCGACGACAACACCAUCAUCACGGUCUCGACGAUCGGUUUGGAGGCCGCUGAAAGCGGGCAGAACCAUGACAUGUUGGUCGACACCGACGACAAAACCAUCAUCACGGUCUCGACGAUCAGUUUGGAGGCCGCUGAAAGCGGACAGAACCAUGAUGACAUGUUGGUCGACACCGAUGACAACACCAUCAUCACGGUCUCGACGAUCGGUUUGGAGACCGCUGAAAGCGGACAGAACCAUGACGACAUGUUGGUCAACACCGAUGACAACACCAUCAUCACGGUAUCGACGAUCGGUUUGGAGGCCGCUGAAAGCGGACAGAACCAUGACGACAUGUUGGUCAACACCGCCGACGACACCAUCACCACGGUCGCAACGACCGGUUCGGAGGCCGCUGACAGCGGACAGAACCAUUGCGAGACUACUUCGGCGGUUAGUGUAUCAAUCAAAAUGGAUGGAAUAAUAAAAGAAUCUACUUGUGAUUCUAAAUCUGAACCAAGUACUCAAGUGAAUAAAAGUGUAAAAAAGCCAAAAACCGGAUUUGAUCGUGGACUUCAGCCUAAUAAGAUAAUUGAAGCAUCUCAAGUCAAUCGCAAAUUAAUGUUUUUAGUUGAAUGGAUAAAUGGCGAAACUGAUUUGUUAGAUUCAUCUUUAGUUUAUAAGAAAUGCCCUCAGAUGGCUGUUAAGUUUUUUAUGGAAAGACUGACUAGUCCUGAAAAUGGAAUUAAUAUAUGAUUUUAUAUUCUACUAACUGGAUCACCCAAAUUUCAUGGAACAGUUUCGGCGAGGACUAGUUUUAAACUUGUUUUUUAAUGGUAAAAUGUUUUGAUAAAAAUGUCACCAAUAAUAGAUAUUAAUGAAUUCAAUUAAGAUAAAAUAUUGCAUUAGGGUAUAACUUUUAAUUGUAUAUACAGUUGGAUUUGAAGAUAAAAGAACUAACAAUUAAACAAACAAUUUUGAGUUAUCUAUGAAUUUGAGUAUCCAAAAAAUAUAAAAUUUCAAAAUAUGUAUAUUAUUUAAGACUGUACAAUAU